AUGCAGCCUGGCCUAAGCAGUGUUGGUGGCAGCACGCUGCCCCUCUCACGCCAGCACGAUCUCGAUCAGGACAGCGCAGACGACCGGAGUGACGGUGAUGGCGAUGGCGACGGUUACGGCGACGACUCACGGGACAGCAGCUCUCGCAGCCUCAAGCGAAAGCGACCCAUUUCGGUGUCAUGUGAGCUCUGCAAGCAGAGAAAGGUGAAAUGUGACCGUGGACAGCCUUCGUGUGGCUGGUGCAGCCGCAAUGGAGCCGUCUGCGAGUACAAGGAGCGCAAGAAGCCGGGUCUCCGUGCAGGCUACGGCCGAGAGCUCGAGGCUCGGCUGGACCGGCUGGAGUCCAUCCUGCGAAAACACUCGGAGCUGCUGCAGAUGCCAUGGGAAGGCCGAGCAGCCGACUCCCACCGCUCUCCGGCCGUCAUCCAGCAUCCAAGCAGUGUCCGUGACAGCAACGGGAGCCCGGAAAGCGAGGACCACACAACGCCCCAGCACCGUGCACCACUACCGGCGACACUCUUCGGCCGUGUCGACGUCGUGCACACGCCACAAGCGGAGGCCGCCCUCUUCCUGCAGCGGCCGUCGACGGGAGCUUUUUCUACAGGACAGCAGCCAGCAGCCGGACCAGGUCCCGGUCCUGGUCCUGGUCCCGGACCCCUGCCCCUGAGCGGCAUAUCGCCCUCACACCACUCGCAGCAGUCCCCCCUGUCCACGCCGGCUGCACGCGAGUUCUACGGCUCGCCCAGCAUGGGCAUGGGGGCCAGCCGGUCGUAUCUGGGGUCAGACCAGGACCUGCCGCCAUACGACCUCUCGUACGCGCUGGUGGACCUGUAUUUCAAGCACAUCAACACGUGGUGUCCGCUGCUGCAGCGCAACCCGACGAUCGAGGCGCUCUUCGGACCAUCGAUGACGGACGAGACAAACAAGAUCCUGCUGCACGCCAUCGUGGCCACCACGCUCCGCUUCUCGACCGACGCCCGGCUGACGGACGAGAAGCGCCAGCGCUACCACGACAUCGCCAAGCAGCGCGUGCUGCUGUACGGCAUGGAGAACUCGUCCGUCAAGGCGCUGCAGGCCAUGGUUAUCCUGGCCCUGGAUCUCUGCGGCAGCAGCAACGGGCCGCCAGGCUGGAACAUCAUGGCCCUGAUCACCCGAGCCGUCGUGCAGCUGGGCCUGGCCGUCGAGUCCACCUCCUUCUCCGUCUCGCCCAGCUACACGUCCAUCUACACGCUGCGGGCCAUGAUCCUGCCCGAGCCGCGCGACUUUGUCGAGGAGGAGUCGCGGCGCCGCCUGUUCUGGGUCAUCUACCUGCUGGACCGGUACGCCACCAUCGCGACCGCCUUUGAGUUUGCGCUGGACGACCGCGAGAUCGACCGGACGCUGCCGUGCCGCGACGACCUGUGGGCGAAGAACCAGCGGGUCGAGACCCGGCUUUUCCGGACCGACCGGCCUGAGGAUGUCGGCAGCGUGGACGGCGCUGGUGGCGCAGAGGGGGGUGGCAGUGGCAGCCGUGCUGGCAGUCGUGGAAGCCGAGACGGCUUCGAGGCCGACGAGACCGGUCGCCACAGCGGCCUGGUCGGCCGGCCGGAAAACCUGGGCGCCUUCAGCUACUACGUCGAGAUCCUGGGGAUCCUGACCAAGAUCCACAACUUCCUCAAGCGGCCGGUCGACAUCUCCUCGCUCGGCGACGUGGAGCAGUGGCAGAUGCGGUAUCGCCAGCUAGACCAGCUGCUGACAAGCUGGAAGCUUGGCUUGCCGGCCGAGCAUGGCAACAUGGCCCGCCUCUUCCAGCACCACUACGCCAAGACGGUUCGCUGUGGCUGGGUCAUGCUGCACGUGACCUAUCACACCGCCAUCAUCCGGCUGCACUCGUCUUCGGCCUACCCGACGACCCGCUCGCCCAUCUUCACGCCGAGCUACUCGGCCAGCCAGCGCUGCCACAGCGCGGUCGAGAACAUUGCUACGCUGACCGAGUUUGUCGUCGGCGCCGGCCUGCUGCCCAAGCUGGGCCCGCCCUUUGCCUUCUCGCUCUGGGUGGCCGCCCGCCUGCUGCUCGUCCACGGCUCCACCGUCGAGCACAAGCUGAGCGCCCGCGUGCCCUACUUUGUCGACGCCCUGCGCUCCAUGAGCCGCUACUGGCCCGUCGCCGCCCGCUACUGUGCCCUGCUGCAGCGCGUCCUGGACGAGCACAGCGACAGCGAGCGCCACGGCGACGGCGUCACGCCCAGCAGCGUGCGCAUCCUGGCCGACAUGCGCCGCACCGCCUUUGACCUCGACCUGCUGAUCAGUCGCCAGCCGCGGCACAUUUCUGGCGCCGCCACUGGUGCUGGUGGUGGUGCGAAUGGUGGCAGUGCUGGUGUCAGUCUCUGGACGUCGUCGCUUAGUCAGCCCAGCAGCGGAACCACACGGCUCUCCAGCCUCACGCCGGCACGCACACCGCAGCCCAACGAGCUCGAGUACCUCGACGUCUUUGACUUUUUCAACAUGCCGCGGCUGCCGUUCGGCAUGCCGACCGAGACGAGCGGCCAGGUUGGAAAUAACACCGAGAACGGCACGAUCGACAGCCGGCCAGCCGGCGCACCCAUCACAAACGAGUUCAACAUUACCGACUUUAUGAUUGACGCGAGCCAGGACUGGCUGUUCAAAGAAGAGGGAAACGCAAAGUUUCUGUCGUGA